AUAGGACUCCUGGGCAUGAAAAUGAGGAGCAGCAAAGCGGCUGGGGAGCCGCGCCCCGCGCCCGCACCGGUAAGACGCCGCUCCUCUGCCAACUACCGCGCCUACGCCACGGAGCCGCACGCCAAGAAAAAGUCUAAGAUCUCCGCCUCGAGAAAACUGCAAUUGAAGACCCUGAUGCUGCAGAUUGCAAAGCAGGAGCUGGAGCGAGAGGCAGAAGAGCGGCGCGGAGAGAAAGGGCGCGCUCUGAGCACCCGCUGCCAGCCUCUGGAGUUGGCUGGGCUGGGCUUCGCGGAGCUGCAGGACUUGUGCCGACAGCUCCACGCCCGUGUGGACAAGGUGGAUGAAGAGAGAUACGACGUAGAAGCAAAAGUUACCAAGAACAUCACGGAGAUCGCAGACCUGACCCAGAAGAUCUUCGACCUUCGUGGCAAAUUUAAGCGGCCCACCCUGCGGAGGGUGCGGAUCUCUGCAGAUGCCAUGAUGGAGGCACUGCUGGGGGCCCGGGCUAAGGAGUCCUUGGACCUGCGGGCCCACCUGAAACAGGUGAAGAAGGAGGACACGGAGAAGGAAAACCGGGAGGUGGGAGACUGGCGCAAGAACAUCGAUGCACUGAGUGGAAUGGAGGGCCGCAAGAAAAAGUUUGAGGGCUGAGUCUGCCUGCCCACCACCGUGGCCCUGAGGAUGACCCUGAGGAAUAAAGUUUCUCUCUGAGUUGGCA